UCGCCGGGGCCCCCGGCCUGCGAUCGGAUCCGGGGCUCGGCUGCCAUCGGAUCGCCACGUAGCGGGAAACCCUCUCCCUCGCUGGCAGGACAGGAGGACCGGAGGUCCCACUGGGUCGCCCGAUCGCCAGCCUUGGAAUUUUAGGUUGUCACAGGAGAUGAAGAUAUUGCCCGUCUUUACAUUCAUGCUCGAUUGGCAGUUGCUGAAUGCUCUGUUCGAGGUGGAGGUUCUUAAAGAAUCAUUUACAGUGGUCUAUGGCAGUAAUGUGACAAUGGAAUGCAGUUUUCCCUUUAAAGACCGUUUAGAUCUUGAAGCAUUAUCUGUUUAUUGGGACACAGAGGAUGAUAAACACAUCGUCAAAUUUGUAAAGGGUAAGGUAGAUCUUAAAAUCCAGCAUCACAGCUACAGAGGUAGAGCAACGUUGUUAAAGGAUAAGCUGCUUCUGGGGAAGGCCAUGCUUCAGAUCACCAAUGUCCAACUGACAGAUGCUGGGGUUUACCGCUGCCUGAUUGGCUAUGAAGGAGCAGACUACAAGUGGAUAACUCUGACAGUACAAGCCCCUUACAGCAAAAUAAACCAAAGAAUUUCGAGGAAUCCAACUACACUGGAAUAUGAAAUGACCUGCCAGUCAGAGGGUUAUCCAGAAGCAAGCGUAAUCUGGAAAAACAAUUACCACGAAGACCUCAGUGACAAGGCCAUCACGAACUCUUCACGUGGACCUGAUAUGCUGUUCAACGUGACCAGCACACUCGGAAUCAACGCCACAGUGAAUGAUACCUUCUACUGCUUUUUCUGGAAUAAAAAAGCUGAAGAAAACACCACAGCUGUCUUAAUCAUCCCAGAACAGACUAAAAUACCUCUGAUGAAUAAUAGAAAUCACUUAGCGACCCUGACAGCAGCCAUUUUGCUCGGAUCACUGUUAUUGCAUCUGUUUUGCAGCAAAAUAUGUGUGAGAGUGGCAGAUGUGGAAAAAUGGGAUUGCCAGUCUGUGACAUGUGAAGGACAAAGAUAUCCAAGCACUGGGAAGACUUAAACGUUGCCUCUGCAUCUUUGAUUUAAAGUAGGGAUUCUCAACCUGUUCCUUGACCUGUUGACAGUAUCGAAUGAAGCACCUAGAGGAGACGGGGGGAAAUGAGAGUGCAAAAGAAAAUAUAGAAAAGAAACAAACCCCUCAAAACACGGCUUUAAAAUCACAAACAAGAAGCAUUCAGACAAGUUAAGGAGCCUCGUCAAAUAGAGACAAAUUGGUCGUGUCAAAGAAAUGCUUAAUUUUCGCUGGAGCUGGCCAGGGCUGGGCCCCAGAGCCUUUGAGGGAGAAAACUCUGACACCCAUUAGCUUGGAAAACUUGUUGACCAGACGUGCUCUCAAAAUUCCCCUUCACCUGCUCUCUAGCCUCCCAAGGAAGACACUUGGAGAAAUGCCGAUUUGCUGUUUUGUUUUUCAUUUCAGCGCGUUAAGUAAGCACCCUCCCUGGCAUUUCUGUAGAUUGACUCGUUUUGUCACUGGGAGAAGGAUGAGAAUCCCCCGAUGUGUAGAUUGUCUGUACAGUUCCUGUGCGUUCUUCAGGAGAGAUGAGGUUCCCUGAGCCUCACUACCUCAUCGCCGAUAAUUACUGGGCGCUUACUGUGUGCAAAGCACCGUUAGGCACGUGGUCUUAGCCAUACGGAGACCCCAACUCUGAGAUUAAGACUGAGACCCUCAAGCACAACAUAACAUUAAUGUCGACGUGAUCAUUAUUUAUUUGAACCUCUGGAGGCUUCUUGUUCCAAGUAUGAUCUUGAAUGAUUUUAUUGUCAGGGUGGUUGUUUUUGUGUUUUUUUAAGAUGCCAAGUUGCUGCUAAACUGAUCGAUUUUAAUCCCGUUAAAGAUGUCCUUACUGUAAACAGUUUGUGUAGAGAGAAAAAUAUGGACCCAAACAGGGUUGUUCAUAUGCCGCUUCGAGCCCGAUUAAGCAGAUCGUGGAUUGUUUUUUUUUUUUAUUUGGGGGGUUUUGGGUUAUUUUAA